AUGGAAAAUCCAACAACCACCGAAACAUCAUGUGGAAAGAAGAGGACAGGCAAGAAGAGGCAACGGGAGAAGACCGAGGAGAAGAAAGGACCAGACGGGAGUGAAACAGAAGAGCAUUUGAAGAGAAAGAAGAAAUGCGAAGGUAAGAAACAGUACACUGGAGAUUGAGAAGGGGGAUCCAUUCUAUUAGAGAAUAUUUAAAUUCAGAGCGGUUUACUGUAUAUUUAAUGUCUCAAAACGCAGUAAUACUCCUCUUAUGUGUUCUUUAAUCACAGUUACCUAAACUAACUUAACACUGAUGCCUAACUUUAGUAGAUUCCAAAAAUCUACUUCCCCCUUUUGGUUUUCAAAAUAUAAGGAUUAUUGUUGGAAGUGAGACGUUCUCAGUAAGAUUUGAGCAUUUGUUCAUACGAGGUAAGAACAUUAAAAAUAUAUGUAUCUUAUGGUUAAAACCUAGUCAAUCAGGACCCGAAGUAAACAUUUCAGUACGUACUGUGUCAAAAUAACAAUAAAAAAAGUUUACAUAAUACAAAACACAUUUUUAACAAAAAAGAACUUAGACGUUAAUCUUUUUUUACAUAUGAUGUUACAUAUGGACUAUUUUUACUCUCCCAGAAGGAGCCACCAUCCAUCCUGUGGUUUCUCCAAUGGAGACUAGCAUUUCUCUGGAGAGAUUUGCCAUCCAUAAAACCCUUGGACAGGGCAGCUUUGGCAAGGUAUGUAAUAUCCACCAAAUGGUGCCAUGUACUGAGAAUUUUCUUAUGGACAGAAAUGAAUAGUGAAAGCCUAAUAUAACACAAGAACCUGUUUAGAAUAAAACGGAACCCAACUGUACAGAUCAUUUUUAAAAGUUGUGUAUUUAAAAGGUUUUCUUAACAGACAUGUAUCGGAGUUAUUCACAAAAGUGAACAUUGUUGAGAAUUCAAACUGAAUUUCAAAUUUAAGGCCAAAGUAGCCGAACUGAAAUUAUAGUUGACCUGGAAAAUCUUUCCAGUUUGACUAAUUUAGCCUUAAUUUUGAAAUUCAUUUUGAAUUCACCUGACAUUUCAGGCUUUUCUUACUUUAGUGACUACUCCUGUUUGUGUAACUGUCAACAAUUAUUUAGAUUAAAAUUAUUUCUCUAGUUAAAACGAUAUAAUUGUAGUAUACCCCUGUACAAUACAUGGUGCCGUAUGUAUUUUAAGUCCAGUUCUGAGGGUUCCAGCCAGCACAGCUGCUAAAAUUAUAAACAUUUAAUUUAUAAACCGUGAGUUGUGCGGACCAGAGAAAGUUAGGGACUUAGAAAAAAUCUUUAAUCUUUAAAUUCAGCUUUUUGGGCUUUAAGCAAGUCAGAAGAAUCCUCAAACUUUAUAUUAAAAUAAUUUUCAAAUAUGGAUAUAUUAUGGAUGCAUGGUGUUAUGUUAUGAACAAUGGCAUUUGUUAGUACCUGUUGUAUUAUUUAUAGGAGUGUUAUAUCCAUUUUACAUAAAGUUGUCAAUUUUCAAAUGACUCCAACUGUCAUGUCUGUCUGCACUUCCUGGUCACAUGAUUCCACAAUGCUGUUAAAUAUUCCUAAAUAGAGAAACAACAAUAUUGAAGUGGUCUAGCAAACCACUUUCAACUGAUAAUGUGGUCUCCAUGCCUUUCCUGGGCAUGAUCGCUUCCACUGUGCUCUCCAAUAGGGGGUAACCCAAAAUAAGCUGUUCCCCCUAUUUUUUAGGCCUUAUUUUUGUUUACGAGUUACUUAUUCCCAAAGAGAUACUCUAUUCUUACAUAGAUUAUUUUGAAACAGGUUCUCUGCCCCUGUUUCCUUGCACAUGUUUUAUAACUACAUUCAAAAGCCAAAUCCCUCAUUUAGAUAUGCCACUGAGUGAUGCAAUAUACCUCUUAACCCAGGGCCGUCUUUAAGGAGGGGCAAAAGGGGCAGCUGCUCCGGGCCCAGUUACUCCUGGGGGCCCUAAGGCAGCUGCCCCAUGGGCCCCCUGCGGCACCUGAGGUAAUCAGGGGCCACAGCCCUUUAAUACUGCUCUGGACCGGCCCGGGCCCCUGUUAUAUGGGGGGUGGCUGACUACAUACUGCCCUGUGAGUCUCUUUGUUUCCUGGGCAUGCUGGGAGGAAGUGAGGUCAGAUUGCUUCCUCCCAGUAAGAACUGAUCACUUCCUCCUCAGUGCCGCUGGGGAGGAGGCACACACCACAUGGAGGAGGAUGCAAGCAUUGUGGGGGAGAGGGACUGAGAAAGCUGAUGGCAGACUCCCAUCAGCCUGGGCCAGCAAGCUCUCACUGGACACCAGGGAAGCCACCUUUCUGUACCCAAAAUGUAAGGAGACAGGAGGGUGGCUAAAUAUGUUUUGUUUUUUGUUUUGCUAAUUUCUGAUAUCACUUUUAUUUAAGUGUGUUGGUGUUUGUAAUGUAACACACAGGGAAUAAGUACAUGUUAAAAAUCCUAGAAGAACCUGACAGUUCCCUAUUAAAUAUAAAUUUAAAAAGUAUUUAUUUUAACAUAUUGCAUCAAGUGUUAUCAAAGGCUGUACACCAUUUUCAAAUGUCACUUUUGCCAAAUUCUGGACCAGGGUAUGUAAGAACAGAGUUGAGACAUUAUAUUGGCCAAGGUUGCUGGGAGUUGCUGUCCAAGAGCUGCUAGAAGGCAGAGAUUAAAAUAUGUAAAUGUACACAUAUAUAUGUGUGUAUCUGGCUGUGUUUAUGUCCUUGUGUGUAUCUGGCUGUGUUUGUCUGUGUGUCAGUGUUUCUGUGUGUAUGUAUACCUCAUACACCUGUAUGUGCACCUGUGUGUAUGUUUUGGUGUGUGUGUAAGUGUGCAUCUGAGUGUGUGGUAAUGCAUACAUCCCAGCAUUUUAAUGCCAACACAAAUACACUCCUACAUUCCAUCUCUAGCACUGUACACAUAUACACCCCUGCAUUUAUACCUUUAUGUAUGUGUGUAUCUGAGUGUGUGUGUAUAUACCUGUGUCAGUGUGUGUGUGUGUGUAUGUGCCAGUGUGUGUAUAUCAAAGUGCUUGUAUCUGUGUGUCAAAGGGUGUGUAUCUGAGUGUAUGUGUAUGUGCCAGUAUGUGUCAAGGUGUGAGCAUGUGUCAGUGUGAGCAUGUGUGUAUCUGCGUGUUAAUGUGUAUGUGUAUAUGUGUUAUAGAAAUCACACAACAUGCAAACAGACCCCUGCAAACACAAACAUUACAAACACACCAGUUUGCUGAAACACUAAUACUACACACAAAUGUACACAUGUAUUUAAAAGACAACACUACAUCCAAACACCCCCCUGCAUGCAAAUACAAACAUUACAUGCAAACACAUUCCUGUAUUAAAACGCUAAAAUGAUAUACAAACACCAACUCUACACACAAAAGUACACCUGCAUUUAAAAGCCAACACUACAAACAAUCACACAUCCCUGCAUUAAAAUGCAAACACUACACACAAGUACACCACUGCAUUCCAAUGGUAACAGUACAUACAAAUACACUCCUACAUGCACACAUACACUCUAUACAAUAACAUGCUGACAUUCAUUUGCACAAACACUGCUCAAAAAUACAACCCUGCAAGGAUGGUAGAUCCCCAGCUGGCAUAGCAUCGCAGGAGUUGUAUGACAGAUGGGGAUCUAUCUUUUCUUUACUCUUGUGAUACAGGGCAGGCCUGAUUUUUUUUUUUGUUGCACCAAGGCACUCUCUACAUUAGUUUCGCCUCUAGGUUGGGGUGGAGGGAGUGAUUGCAUGCCCAGGGGGCCCAAACAGAUGCUUGCCCAGGGACCAAUCAAUAUUAAAGACGGCCCUGUCUUAACCCAUACAAGUACUUUUAUCCUGGGAUCAUGCACAGGGGGGCUUUUCGGGGUUUUUUAGUCCUGUUGUUGGCAUAUAGUUUUUUUUUUUUUUUGAUCUGUAUUUUUAUUGAGGCAUAAGUCAGAUAAACAAUACAGUACAGUGGCGACAACAACACAAGCAGACAAGCAUGAGAUAAUUAACGGUAUAAUAUCCAAGCAUUACCAAUAUCAUCACAUAUCAAUAUAAAACAUUAGACGUACAAAGCUAUACUUCAGCUUAUCUCUUAUUCUGGUUCUUUUUUUUGUACUUUUGUUAAUGGCUUCUCUGCAUAAAAGAAUGACGUAUGUGCAUGAGUCGUUCAGAGACAUGUCCAGAAAGCUAGAUGACCCACUCAGUAUAAAUUAUACGACUACUUAUUACACUUGUAUUCAUAAAUGAAUAACUGUGUAAACAAUGGGAUGUCUAACUGUGUAAUAAAAACAAUAUAUUUACAAAAAAAAUCAGUACAAAGCUAUGCCAUCAUAUAGUCUGUGGUAUGUCUCCCUGUGGUCAAAAAGGACUCAUUUUAUAAGAAAACAUAAGUUAGUCUCAAGUAGCUAACAUACACUGUGUAAAUGAAAAUGAGUACAGCUCCUGCAGAUGUUUGCUUAAAAAUAAGAUAUGAUAUAUAGCUGACAUGCGCUGCAAUCUAAUUUAAAGGGACACUGUAGUCAACAGAACAACUACAGCUUAAUGUAGUUGUUCUGGUGAGUAUAAUAGCUCCCUUCAGGCAUUUUCAUGUAAACACGGCCUUUUCAGAGAAAUAAAUGUAUUCGUUUACCGAAAGGGGACCACACACCCUGGGUAGCAAGUAGGAAUUAGAACACAGAGAAACCACAACUUAAUUGCUACUAGGUGGCCGCCAUUCGACAUAUGAACACGUGGCGAGAACAAAGGAUGGCGGCCAUCUUAAAACUCACGAAUGUGGUCAGCGGGGCUUACGCAUGAAUUGCAUGGAACUGUUUUCGGUACGGGAAACAUGCGAACGCCAUGGAAGUCCUGGAUGAAUACGUUCCCCUCCACGAAUCAAACUGGCAUUCGGUAGAUAGCAUCUACCGAAUGAGGGGAACAUUCACAGGUAACCAGCUGAACCAUACGAACGGUAGUUUUCGUGUAGUUAGAUGCGAACGGAGACCGGCUCUUGCUACUGAUUCUAUGGAACUGUAACUCGGAUACCUCCACAUGGCAAGCCGGUCAAACUUCCACACGAUGCGACACGGAAACUACCGAACGGAAAUUCGUGAGAUUUGGAUAUGUAACUACCAGUAUCCUCAGCUAUCCAGGGAUGUUAAAAGUAUAUUUGCAUGUCUUAUAAAAAGUAUGUUUCUGAAAUUGUCAUAAAUUGUAAUGUUUCUGGCCAGCAGAUAAUUGAGCUUUGUGUAUUGUAGAAACUCAAUUAUCUAGCCUGGCCCAGAGGAGGAGUUUUGUGUUGCAUAAAUUGUGAGUUCUGUGUGCCAGUAAAUCAGUCUUGUUCCAGCAUUAAGCUUUGGCUCAUGUGUGGAUUAUUCGGCGAUUCCAGGGAUAUUUCUGCUUAUGGAAUAUUGAGUGCUUUUCUUUUAUGGGAAUAAGGGAAUGCUUGACGGGGAUAUUUUCUACUACCGUCACAGCUUGUAUUAUUCAUUUUAUAAAAUUGUGCCUUUCCUCUGAUUGCCAGCAAAAAAUAAAGAAUAUAUAUAUAUAUAUAUAUAUAUAUAUUUUAUGUUUAUUGUUUUUUUUUUAUAAGUUUAUUCUCCCAGUCCUGCUUGUUACCUGUGGCCAGUGAGGGGGGAGACUACUUUCCAUGGUGGUCUGUUUGCCCUGUACAAGCAAGCUUCCCUCGUGCUGGCUUUAAUAGUGAAGGAGGACCCAGGACAUGCUUUCUUCUGUUUCUGAAGGGUCCUUUCUUCAACUAUCGCAAGCCUCCAGCUGUCAAAGCGUUGCAACGGGUUACCACGGAGAGAGAGCUGGAGAAAGGACACCCACACGAUGCUCUACACACACAUACAUAUGUAUAUAAUAGACACAUAUACAGAUACUGUAUAUAUAUAUAUACCAAUUAAAAAAAAAAAGUUCAUAGUGUAUUAUCUGUCAGCCUUGGUUUUGCUCAUAAGUCAAAGUAGUCCCUACUUUCGAUUGUGAAAUAAAAUGAAACAAAAAAACAAAAAACAACCAAAUCUAAAAAUAACAACUUUGUAUUAAUUUCCAUUUGUCAAUAUAAGUCAUCUAAGUGUGAGAGUAAAUGAAUACACAGUACUUCCAUGAUGAUUUUUUUCUCCUCUCUCUACAGGUUGUUUUAGCAUCUGACCAGAUAACCAACAAAUGGCUCGCUAUGAAGAUCAUCGAUAAGCAACGCCUUAUUGAAAGCGCAAGCAGCUGCCUAGUUGAACGCCGGGUGCUGGAAAUUGCUGCCGGGAGCAAAUUCCUCACCCAUGCAUAUGCCACCUUCCAGACAGAGGUGCCAACAUUAUUACCUUAUAUCAACCCCCUUUUUAAACAGGUACUUGAAAGGAACACUCCAGGCACCAUAACAACAUAAUCAGUAUGGUGUUAUGGUGCCAGGUCAAAGGCUUACUUUUAUGGGUUAAAUCGUUAAUGAACAGUUAACCCCAAAGAGCUGAAUUAAUGACUGUUUAACUCUGACUAUCUCCAGGGGUGUUUUCAGGAGAUUCCCAUUCACAAAUAGCUUGAGAAACAUAUGGAUUUCUCUCAAGCUGCUUUGUGAAUGGGGAACUACUGAUUGGCUUUAACCCCUUAAGGACCAAACUUCUGGAAUAAAAGGGAAUUAUGACAUGUCACACAUGUCAUGUGUCCUUAAGGGGUUAAACCAGCAUACUGAGGCUUCCUGCUUCAAGAUUCAGAAAAAAGCAGAAAGAGAGCUUAACAGUGCUGGAUUCAACUCUUUGGGGUUAAACCAUUCAUUAAGAGUGUAACCACCAAAGGUAAGCCAGUGCCCAUUUCCAUUAAGUUGUUAUGAUGCCCAGAGUGUAGUGGUUAUGGUGUCAAAAUGGCUUUACAUAAUGAAGGAUUUUCCCAGAAUCCAUAGCCCAAACCCUCUUCAGCUGCACAUAUAAUAUGAAAAACCACUUUAGCAUUAACACAUGAGAACCAAACCAGGAUGGCAGUCACUGGCUGAGAGAGCUCAGUAUGAGACGAUUGCUGUGAGAGAUUUCUAUGUCUAUACACAGCUAUAAAAUGGACUCUGCAGCUUUAGAUUUUAUGUCUGAUGGGGAUUAAAUCAUUAUUUUCAUUGGACUGUUUAGAGAUUUGGGAGUUCUCAGCAUCUCUUAGUUGAAGAGAAUGUAACUUCAGAAUAAUCACAACGUGGAGUUGACUCCAAAUACAUCUAUUGUUUUUAUAUAUUUUUGGAUUUAUUGUCACCAUACAAUUUCUUACUGGGAUGUUUUCUAGUUUGCAUUUCCACCUACCAUAGAAAGAGUACUUGGGGCCCGUUGACUAUUAAUUGAUAUUUUGUAAGUUUCCCUGACAUUAUAAAAGGCAUGUCAGAUCACCAUGGGUUUUUGGAACAGAUAUCAACAGAGCUGGAUAAAGACUGCCCAGGACCAUAACCUUUACAAUAAAAUUGUGUUAGCAAAGAUGUGGAAUGCAAUGACUCUAAUACAUUAUUAUUAUUAUUAUUAUUAUUAUUAUUGUAGGCAUUUAUAUAGUGCCAACUUUGCAGUGCUUUACAAUAUAAUAAAAUGAGGAAAUUUAACAAUAAAUGAGACAAUUACAAAAUGUUAGAGGAACAGUAGGUUGAUGAGGGCCUUGCUCAAAUGAGCUUACAGUCUAGAGGACAUUGGGUAUAAAAACACAAUAGGAAGAGUAUCAAGGGGUAUAGCAACCAGACAACAAGGUGGGAAAGUAGCAGAACUGGAGGUGAGAGUGGAGUCUGGCCCUUUAGGAGAGACAGGUUUGUGAAACAGAAGUUACUCUGGCCUUUAUCAUUAUUUAUAAUUAUAUAUUACAGGUUCUAUAUUGUUCCCUCCAGAACCUGUAAAAGUAGUUUACCUCUAACCAGUGGCAAGGUGAUCUCCUCCCUGCAGCUCUGCUCUGCCUCGGGUAGAUGAUCACUAUUGAGAAGCACUAGAGAAGUACAGGUCCUUGGCAAUGCUUCUCACACAGAAGCACUGAAUUCAAUGUUUCUCUGUGAAAAGUCUCACAUCUGCUGUUUCCUAAGGCACAGUGCAAUCAGGAGGGUGCAACUUAGUAGCUUUAUAAAAGAACAGAUUUCUCUUGAAAUCAAUGUUUUUAUAAAGUAAGAAAUGAACAGCAAUGUGAAAUGCUUUAAGUGUUUGGAGUGUUCCUUUUAAUACAUUUAGAACCUUUGUAUGUUUGAUUUUUAUUACUAUUAUUCUUAUUCUUAUUAUAUCAUCAUCAUCAUCAUUAUUUCCAUAGCACUGGUGUGUAGCCAGCAACCACAUUACUGCCAUACAGAAUGAAAGUAUACUCUAAAUAGUCUAACCUUUAUUCUGCUGCAUCUUCUUAAUCAGGACCGCCUUUUCUUUGCCAUGGAGUAUUUAAGCGGAGGCGACCUCUAUGAUUAUCUUGAUAAGAAUGGAAGACUGGAUCUCAGCACCACAACGUAAGAUGACGUCUUAAAGUCAUAGAAGACAAAGGGAGUAUGGAGUAAAGACUUUUGCAGGAUAGAAUACAGGGUGCAGCAGAACCGAUUAAGCAGUUUUGAGGGGUUAUAAAAAAAUUAACUGAGGUAUAUAGAGAAAAACUGUUUUUAUUUUCGAAUUCAGCAGUAAAUACCAUUUUAUAUAAAUUAAGUUUUGAAAAUAAUGUCCUUGAGAAGGCUGCCAUUAGCAGCAACACACUGUUGGAGACGGUCUCUGAAGUUUUGUACAGCUCGUUCACACAUAUCGCGGGGUAUGGCAUUAACUUCUUCAAUAAUCUGCUCCAUAAGCUCUGGUAGGGUGUGAGGGCAAUGUUUGAAUACUUUUUCCUUCAGAUAUCCCCAAAGAAAAGAAAACCAUUGAGUGUAUUUCAGGCUGUGUGGGCUGUAGCCCCAUCCUGUUGGAACCAGAACUCCCCUAAUUCCUCUUCUUCAACAAUCUCUUCCAUUCUGGGCUGUAGAAAAUUUUCCAACAUUGAGACAUAAUGUUCUCGCCUUCACUAGUACAGGCCUAUCACUCCGAAUUGUGAUGCACCACACCGUUAGUUAUGGUGAAUGUAGCGGUCUUUCAUGAAUCAUUCGGGGGUUAUUUUGAGCCCAGUAGCGGAAAUUCUGUUUUUUCACAGCUCCACUGAGAUAAAAAUGUGCCUCGUUGCUACUGAAGAAAGCUGCUGCGGGCGGGACCUGUGCAAGCAUUUGCUCACACAGAUUUCUGAGUUUGGCAUAAUCUGCUAUACUCAAUUCUUGAGCCAACAUCAUCUUGUAGAGAUGAAACUGCAAAUCUAAAUGAAGAAUCCUCCUCAGACUGCAGUGUGACAUUCCCAAAGCAACACGAGCAAAAUGUCCUCAAUUGCUGCUCUCACCAGCUGCACAUUUCCGGUGUUCUUAUGGACCUGCGUCGGCCACGUGUACCUCUUCUAAGUGUGGUACCAGUUUCCUACAACGGCCUAACCCAUGACCGAAUUGUGUUUGCAUUAGGAACGGCGUUAUUGCGCGUAAUGUUGAACCAUUGCCGUAAAGCUCUUUGCGUUGCGAUCACAGAUUGGUUGUUGUUGAUGGACGGAGCACAAUGAGACUAGGUGUACCUGCCUCCCCCCACUACAACCCGAGCAUUGACCCCCUCAAAAAUGCUUAAUCGACUCUGCUGCACCCUGUAUUUGCUAAAUAAAUUAUAAGGCAUUAGGUUUCAAAGAGAAGGUUUGUAAAAGUGGGUACAAAGAAAUACCACCAUUAAAGGGGAACUCUAAGCACUACAAUAAUUUCAUCUCACUAAGGGUUCAAUGUAAUAUCUUUGGAUAGGCUUUUCGAAUGAUUUCAUUUUCUGAAAAAUAUUUUAAUAUUUAGAUUUUUUUUUUAGAAUAUUUAGUUUUUUUUUAUUCUUUAUUGUUAUUGUGCAGAGUUGUACAUAUAAGGAUUACAAGACAUAUCAAAUAAAAGCCAAUGCAGCAAGAACAAUUGCAAUAAAUGACGUCAAGGGGCCUGCACAUUUUACAAUUUAUACAGCAUGAAUUAAACUAAUCAUGUCCAAGUACUAAGUUAAAUGAAGGCUGGAGGACAGACAGCUUGUUAAAGUCAUGGAGGUUAAUAAAACAAGAGAUAAUUAGCAUCAACAUGAAAACAUGCUUAACUUCUGUAGGGAGUAGAAACACCCUGUCCACCUAGGUAAACGUGGCUAGGAGAUACUGAAAAGUAAAACCGCGAACGAGGUCAUGAAGUAAAUACCACUGGUCUGGGGCAUUAUGAUUCGGUUAGCAGGAGUAAUGGUAAGUUCCCGAGCAUAGAACUUUGCCCAGAACUCUGCACAAAUGCAGUCAAAAGUCAGAAGUAGCUGGUCCGUGUGCAGAAGCAUUUGUGAGAAGGUGCAUAUAACGGAAGGCCCAGUAGCCAUCUUGAGUACUAGGCCUCGAUCUAGUGAUACGCCAGUAGGGUUGGAUCUUGUCAAGGUGCCCACAUAGAUUUUCCAAUGGAGACCGAGAUAUUCCCCCCGGUCCAAAAGGGGAUGGGGAAUAGGGCUCGGAGUCAGCAAGUGUCACUUAAAGGCUGAGGAUCGUCCGCCUCCCCCUCCAGGGUUAUGGUCUCAGGUCACAUGGAAGCCUAGCAAGAAAUGUGGCCAACGGAUUCAGGUACAAAGGUGUCAGGUAGUCAGCAGGGUAUUUCCCAAGGCCAGAAAAAGGAGCCAAAUAAAUUGGUCUCUUUGAGGAGCUGCAGCACCAUGCGACUGUCUUGGUCGGCUGUCAGGCCCCGCCCCCAAUUUUUUUUUUUUUUUUUUAUAUUGUAGUAUUUAAAAAAAAAAAUCACUCUAAAGGUUUAUUAAAAAAUAUUAAAUCAAUUGAAAAACUUAACCAACAAUAUUAAGUCGGGGCCUAAAUUGCUUUUAGUGUUUGAACUCAAGUUCCAUUGCACUGUCCCUCCAUUCAGUGUUAUAACAUUUUUGAGCAGUGUAGCAAUGAAUCAUAGUCUCUGGCCACCCACAAUCCGGCAGCUACUAGCAGAGAUUACACUCGUCCUUCUAACUAUUCCAAUACAUACCAGCAAUGGUGGCUGUGAUAGCCUGAAAGUGAUAAACUGACACUCUCUGACAAUCACUGCCACCCAUUGCUGCUCAGGCUGAGGAGAUGGACUAAUGGGGACUUUCACUUAGAAUUAAAACACUAAAAUCUGUUGUGUCUCGCUCUGGCUUGUAUGAAGAAAGGACACAUAGAUUUAUGGGUUCCAUAGAUAAAUAUAACAAAAUUUGGGGAACUAGUGUGCCCUACUGGUCCACAACAAUAAAGGAUAUCUCAUACUCUUCCUUACAAGUCUAGUUCCCCACUAAUCCAAGGGUACUUAGCAGCUUACUGCUUUCAUACUUCCUUUACUCAGUGACCAUUUCUCAAGGUUGUGUUUAAUAGUUGCCCUAGGAGCCCCACUUCAAUUUAUGUCCUCCAGGGAACAACCUACAAAAAUCCUGACACCAAAACAUCGAGGCUUGCUUUGCUCCAAAUACCAGGAGAACAAAUCUCACAAAGUGGUGCAACACUACUCAAAAUUUCAACAGGGUCUACCCUAAGACAUCACCCUCCUGUUGGAGGUGCCUAA